AUGUCGACGGAGGAGGACACGACGCCCGGCAUCAUCGUUCCGGGGCCGGAGCUGCGCGCCAAGAUUGAGAAGUCCGCGGCAAGUCUGGCGAAGCGUGACAAACGCAAGGCGGAGGAGAUGAUGGCGAAAGUUCUCGCCAGCCAAAAACGGGAGGAAUUUCUGUUCUUUGAGAUAACACACGUAUUCUACCCAUUCUUCCUACAGAAACUGAACGAGUACCGUGCUCACCCGGAGCUGAUACCCACAGAGGAGAAGAAAGACGCGUCCGACAAGGCAGUAACAUCAACAUCAGCAGAAACAGCAGCAGCAGCAACAACAACAACAACAACUGUGAAGGCUGAUGGGGUUGUGCGGCGCGAAGGCGGCACGGCGGCGCGGCACGACCCGAAGCGUGACGAGGCGCUGCGGCAGGCGGAGGUGGAGGCGCAACGCUACUUGGAGGACCCGUUCCCCAACCGCUACUCCCUCGACCUCCUCCACGGCACCAUUGACAUGCCGGCGCUGGCGCUGAGCUACAUGACGUGUGCCGCGCAGUACGUGGCAAAGUACGGGGAGCAGUUCCUACAGAACCUCCUCGGCAGGUACCGCAGCAACGCAGCGUUUCGCUUCCUCAACGCCGAGGACGUCCGAUACGAGGUGUUCAUGAAACUCGUUGAGUCUUACCGCCUCAUCUUGCACCACGACCCCGACGAGGUGGAGGACCGGCUGGAACGCUGCCAAUCCGCUCGCAGCGUCCUCGACACGGUGUGUGAGGAGAAGGUUAAGUACGCAAGGGCUGCCAUCGCACGCCGCAAGGCCGCCUUGCUCACCGACGAGGCUCUGCGGGAUAAACUUGAGUGGAACGUCUUCACCGUUGUCCAGCAGUUCUCGCUUAGCGAUCUGGGGCUUGACGGGCCAAUGCCGCAGUCCGCCGCUGCCCGCCGGCGUGCGCAUCUUGACAGCAGCCACGACGCCAGCACCUCACCAGCUAUUAACGGUAACGUCAAUGACAACAACCACAUCGAGAGCACGGUAGCAACGAUGGAUAUGUACACCAACAGCAACACCAAUGACAUCAACACCACCACCACCACCACCACCACCACCAGCAGCAGCAGCAGCAGUGGCGUCGGUGGUCCCCCACGUAUGCUGCGCCCACCAGAGGGCGUGGCAGGGCCGCCGACGUUCACGCCAGUGUUCAUGAGCAGCCACCUCGUGACCUCUACUGAUCCCACCGCUGCCCCUAGUCGCAGCAGAGAGGGAUACGGUGGUGUGGGUGGAGGUCACUCUGCGCGUGGUGGUGCUGCUAGAACUCGUGGGACCGAUCACUUUGGUGGCCCACGAGGUGGGCAGCAUGCGCGGGCAGACGGAUUAGGGCAGCAGGGGGACGACACCGCUUUUGCAGGUGACAAACACAGCCGCGCGGAGGCCGAUGAGCCGGACCGGAAUAUACGGCACCGACGCGAAGAGGCGGAUGCGGAAAACCGGCGAUGA